AUGUCUAAGGAGUCUGAGGUAUGCCGAAAAUUGCAGAAUGAGAAUGAGAAUGAAACCCCUUCUACUCCCAAGCUUGAUGAUGGCUUCUAUGAAAUCGAAACCAUACGCCGUAAGAGGCUCCGCAAGGGUGAGGUUCAGUACCUGAUUAAAUGGCGUGGGUGGCCUGAGACUGCCAAUACUUGGGAGCCUCUUCAAAAUCUACAGUCUGUACCUGAUCUCAUUCAUGCCUUUGAGGAUAGCCUCAAAUCAGGAAAACAUCGCAAGCGCAAACGCACCACCCAUCUGCUUCCCAAUCCCUUCCCCCCUUUACCUAAUCACACCCCACAACUUCAACCUUCCACCACCCUUCCAACUCACUCUCAAACUAAUACCGCCCUUGGUAAUUCCAAUAUACUAAAUACUACUUCACAACACAUUGCUCAAACUAAUCAGGAAAAUGAUUUCGAUCUCAAGCUAAAUCAACUCAAACCGACACCAAACACUGCAGACAACCUCGCUAUACAUUUUCAACAACCCAAUGCUCAUCUCGAAUCUCAAUCCAAGGGGGAUUCCAUUCAAAGUGACCGCUGUAGAGGAGCCAAAAGGAGAAAAACUGGUUCCGUCAAAAGGUUCAAGAAAGAGGAAUCUGCAUGUGAAUCUCUUGAUACAAAGAAUGCAAUUGGCAUCUCUGUUACUGCACUUCAACAAGGCUUGUCAGAAAAUGCUGGUUAUCUGGGGAAUAAUACUCAUCAAAAGAUAGACGACACUAAGACUGCCUGCAAUAUUGUCAAGAUUCUAAAGCCAAUAGGCUAUUCAGCUUCUCUAUCUUGCUACAUGCAGGAUGUUAGAGUCACCUUUAUGGCUAUGAGGUCUGAUGGAACAGAAGUGAUGGUGGAUAACAAAUAUCUGAAGACAUACAAUCCACUACUGCUGAUCAAUUUCUAUGAGCAGCAUCUCCGAUACAAUCCCACUUCUUAACUGGACUGAGAAUUGAAGGUGCUUUCUUGUGUGAUUAGACAAUGGAGUUGUAGGUGCAGCGGGGGUUAGGAAAUACUUUGUUGGUUAGUGUAUGACUGUAUAAUAAAAACUUUGGAGACCUCUCUAAACCAGCGAUUCUACACCAUGUUGUUAUAUCCCCUAUGUUAAUACAUACACAUGAACACGGGCUGUGUGAAAUUGCUUAGAUGAUAGCCCAUCUAUGUAUGCAUCUUUGGUUGUAAAACAUCAUUUAAAUUUGAUUUGUGUUUGUAUUGUUUCACUUACUCCAUCCUCCCUCUUUUGCCUCUCCAACUCGGACCCCCUUCAUUUUUCUUGCCAUAUGACAAGGGUAUAUAUACUAUGAGAGACAUGCACAAAAGCAACUGCAAUAAAAAUCAUCGUUACAUGUGUAGUUAUGAAA